AUGGCGCUCAUUGCGCUGCUCUCCGCGGCCGCGGCGUCCGUCGCGGCCAGCCCGGCGACCGUCGCGGCGCUGAUAGCGCCGUUGGUGGUUCUGCUGGCUGCGCGGUGGUGGAAGGCGGCGACGCUAGACCUCUACAAGCUGCCCAACGCGCCCGGCACUUGGACCUUCCUUG